AUGGCGGAUGCAAAUAGCGUGUCAGAUACGAAUAAAGAAGAAACAAUCCCAGAGUUGGUUCCUGAAGUAAAAGUAAGCAAUAUUUUCUUCCAAUUUCUCUUGAAAUACUUUACCUCACAUUUGCAUUUCUUUCUUAGGAGAUUGAUGUCGCAGAAAACAGCGAAGCAAAGCCAGACGGCGCGACGUCGACCAGCUCAAACCUUCAAGAAGAUUUCAAUGCUGUAUUGGAUGAUGCAAUUUCUAAACUUUGGGACGAACGAUUGAGAAAUAAGUCGAAAGGAAGGAGGAAAAGACUGUCAAAAGAUGAGGAGAAAACGUUAAGUAUGUACACUAAAAAUGGCAUAUUGUAUUGUACGGUUUGUAAUUGUACCAGUUUUGUAGAGAUACUUUAAAUAACAGUCAUAUUACCUGUUUACAUCUAUCAGAUUUAGAAAUAUUUACAAAAUAAUCGCUGAAUAUUGAUCUGCAUUAGUAAAUGGUUGAAGUCAGGGGAAUAGUUAAUUAAUUAAUAAUUAAAGUCUGGCAAUUCCUGAAGAUCUUAUCUCAAUAAGUACAACAACUAGAUACAGCAUACAAUAAUAUUGUUUGUUUAUAAAUAUAAUUUAAUUAAACUUGCUUUUUUGCAGGCCUCGUUAUUACUGCUGGGUGCCAGACAGUGUCCAGCGUAAAUUUGUUUGUGACUUACAGCAUGGAGCUGCUGUCGGACAUCUGGCCGACUUGCGCAUUUAAUCUUGCCUGCCAGUUAAGCAUUUAUAUGACAAUCCAGCUUCUUUGAUAUUUGUCGACUAUGCACACGUGACUUGUGAUUCAAAAUGAUAUGAUUUUGAACAGUCUGUGCUAGUGUUGCACCGAUACCCAUAUUGGUGUAUUGGUAUCGGUUUAUCGGUACUAAAAUAGAAAUAUCGGUACCGGUAUCAGUAAUUUGAUGAUGUCAUCUUUGAAUUUUGUGAAAUGACAUGGAAUAUUGGUGUCUGAAAAAUAUCGGUCCUUCAAUAUUGGAAUAUCAGUGAAUUUGCAUAUUGGUGCAUCACUAGUCUGUAGGUAGUGGAAAUAAUAAGAAAGCUCUGGAUUGAUAGGGAUACAACUACAUGAAAAAUACAAGGAGAAUUAAUCUUGUAUUUUUCAUGUGUUGUAUUUCUUUCGAUAUUGUUUCCAUGAAUCACAUUGAUAUAACCUUUCUUGUGAUAGUUGGCCAGCUUAUAGAGGCACUUAGUGGAAGUGAAAAUGAAACAGAGUCCCUGCAAGUUAUGGCAAAACGACUUGUACAAAUGGUUAGUAUCAUAAUUCCUAAUAUAAACAGAUAUAAAAAAACAACAAAACAAUACUACACACAUUUUAUUUUGCAUUCAACCCUAUGUUUAGAAACACAAGUAGUAACAUAAACUUUGAUAUGUUUCAGGUGGUAGAACACAAAACUGGUGAAUAUAAAAUCGAUGAACUUUCAAAGCGUUGUAGUUUGGUACGUAUUCUAUAAUGACGCUUUUUUCAUUUAUAAGAACAUGCAAGUUUUCUAAUGUACUGUGUAUAUAUUUUUUGUGUUUAAUGUGCACAACUCUCUCUUUGAUGAGUAAAAUUGACAUUGGACAGAGUACAAUAAUAAAAGGGUUGAAUUAUUUAUUUUUAAUGUGAUUUCUAUAUUUACUGUGUAAUGUAUUUUGUAGCUUAUGAAAGAUAAGGAGGAUCUGAAUGGCCAGUACAAGAAAUCUAAACUUGCUUUGACAAAAUUAGAAAGUCUUUGUCGUGAGCUACAGAAACAUAACCGACUCAUGAAGGUAGGUACAUGGUGACACCUGUUGUAAGUAGACACCUCUCAUUAGCAGAAACCAGUUGUUUUUUGAGGCUCUGCAAUUCAAAGCACUGGACCCGAAUAGCAGUGCCACAGGUUUGAUUCCUGCUCGAGGACCUAGUGUUGCACUUUUUGCAAUCGUUCCUGGUAUGGUACAUCUUAAUUUAUAUAUAAGUUCACUUGGAUUAUCCACCAAACCCAGCAUUCAAGUUCAACCAAACGAAGUGCAAAAAAAUCCUGUCACUACAUAUACCAAAUCAUGUUUAGCAGUGUAGCCAAUCAAAUGCUGAAUGAAUUAUUCAUCAUUUGUAGGAAGAGUGUGAUCACAGAACGAAGGUUGAGGAGACAAAACGUCAAGAACUCUCAACGAAGUUUCAAUCAUCUAUUGGUGAAAUAACCAAUCAAAUGCAAGAUAAUCAUUCCAAGAACCAGCAGUUGAAAACUGACAAUGCUGAGUAUGUUGAACUGUUUGUACAUGCAUUCAUAUUCCAGUCACCCAGUGUCUCUGUAGAUCAGUUGGUUGGUGAGGCUGUCAGCCAAUUUGCCGGUUGGUUGUUCAUUUGGUCAGUUCGUUGGUUCACAUAUUCGUAAGCUGGUUGGUUGGUUGGUUGGUUAAUUAAUCAGUCAAUGGGUCAGCUGGUCAACCAUCACAUAUUUGUCAGCUUGUUCUAGUCUGUCAGUCUACAGUGGUGACAUUGGGGAGGGGGCAACCAUCUCACAAUAGCUGCUGAAUAAUAUCACUUGCUUAUCAAAAAUUUUAACGUAACACUACUAAUAUAGGUUGGCAGCAAAACUGAAAGGCUUGGUGGACCAAUAUGAAAUGCGAGAACAGGUAUGACCUCAGAUAAUCUGCUCAUAAAAAAAAAUAUGAGACUGUUGCAGUGUGAAGGAUGUCAGGUGUUAUCAGAUUGAUAACAAGUGUAUUCAGCACCUGACAAAGCUACCCUGUUUAAAUAAAGAUUUCAUUAAUACAACUACCUAAAAAUAUUUAAAUAGAACUUCCAGAAUUUUUCAAGUUCGUUAUAACCACAGCAUUACUUCAUACACAUUUGCUUUUUUAUAGUAUGUGGAUAAAGUAUUAAAACACAAACAGAUAGAAAAUCAAUUGCUGGAAGCAAAAUUAGCGCAACAAACUUUAAUUCUGAACGAAGAAAGAGAGCAAGCUCUGAAGGAGAAACAGCUGCUGCUGCAAGAGUCGUUGGAGUAUCAGAAGAAAUGUGAACAACUCGUGAAAGACGAGGCUGAGCUGAAACUUCAAGUAAGCAUAUCUGGCGGACAAAAUAUUGGUUGGGGGGGGGAUUGACGUCACCAACUAUGGCUCCAUUUUGUAGCUUAUAUGACAACCUUCUGUUGCUGAAAAUCUUCGUUCUUUUAACUUUUUUGCCUUACAUAUCAUGUAGUAUAUAGCUUAAUUUAUAGCCUACCAGUGCUUUCAUGGUUGAAAAAUUAUUGUCACAGCUUUGUUACACAGUAGUUAUUCAGCUAUCAUUCAAUGGUUUUCAGAGAUUAAUAAAUCUUACUCUUAUUUUUCUAGCUUUCAAUGUACACUGAAAAAUUCGAAGAAUUUCAGAAGACACUGACUAAAAGCAAUGAAGUGUUUGGCACAUUCAAGAAAGAAAUGGACAAGGUAUUGUCUUUGUUAUUAGAGAAAUUUGACUUCCACUACCUCUCGCUGGUUUAGCACGUUGAUUAAUCGGAUAUAUUAAAGGCAUCUGAUUGGUUAAAGAUCUCUUAAUGCUAGCGGUGGUGGAAAUCUGAACCUUUAUUAUUUUCCUUACUGCAUUUCAUUGUGUAUUUUUAUUAUUGGUUUAGGUACUGACUCUGUAAGGAAUUUUUAUUUUAUGGUACUGACUCGGUAAGGCAUUACUAAAUAUGAGUCGACGUUUUUUUUGUAUAAUCUUGCAGAUGACAAAGACGAUAAAGAAAUUGGAAAAAGAAACAAUUAUGUGGAAACAGAAAUGGGAGAAAAGUAAUCAGUCGUUACUUGAGUUAGCUGGAGAUGUGAGUAUUCUUCAGUUGACCCGAAUUGUUUUCAAACGCCAGAAUUCCGUUUUGAAAACGGAAUUGAAAAGGUCGUUUUGGCAUUUGAAAAGGGCGUUUUGGCAUUUGAAAAGGGCGUUUUGGUAUUUGAAAAGGGCGUUUUGGUAUUUGAAAAGGGAGUCGUGGCAUUUUGAAAGGGGAGUUUUGGCAUUUGAAAAGGGAGUUUUGGCAUUUGAAAAGGGAGUUUUGGCAUUUGAAAAGGGCGUUUUGGCAUUUGAAAAGGGCGUUUUGGCAUUUGAAAAGAGCGUUUUGGCAUUUUGAAAAGGGAGCUCUGGCAUUUGAAAAGGGAGUUUUGGCAUUUGAAAAGGGAGUUCUGGCAGUUGAAAAGGGAGUUCUUGCAUUUGAAGAAGGGAGUUCUGGCUUUUAACCAGACACACCAGGUUUUCUCGAGGGUACUCCGGUCUCCUCCUACAUUAACACUGGACAAUGAGGGAUGGCUUUACUGGGUCACCAUAAUGUUUUACUUUCGUUGUGUUGUAGAAUACAAGAAAAUCAGAACAGAUUCAAAAAAUAACACAGAAGAACUUAAAGUUGGAAAACUUAUGUCGAGCCUUGCAAACCGAAAGAAAAGAGUUGAGUCAAAAAUUGGAGAAUAGUCAACCAUCACGUGAAGUAAGUAGAGGUUUCUGAGCUAGUAUAAAUAAAGUUAGUUUAAUUUAUCAUAGUUUAGGUUUCUUCCUGUACUCCUGUAGUAACACGGAACUAAUAAGGGAUUAUCUUUACUGGAUCUAUAGAAAACGUGAUAGAGCUAUCCAGUACAGAUUUUCUCCUGCAGUGACAUGCUGGACAAAAAAGGAUUAAGGGUGACUCCUGGGGGAGAACAGUGUAUAAAAAUUUACGUUCAAAAAUUUCAUUUACAAAAAACCAUCUGUUAGUUCUAACUACCGAGAUGACCAAAAUCUCGGUCUUAUUUUACCCAAGACAGUUCAGAACUGAUAGAGCUAUCCAUUGUAAAUGAAGUCAAUUUAUCUUAGGUUUAGCUAUAUUUUAACGUACAUAAAAUACAUUACAAUGCAGACAUCGACCACUGUCGAGGAAACAUCUGUAUCGUCACCGAGUCCUGUGGAAAAUGGUCACAGUUCAAGUGAUAGCAAUCUCAAACCCGAAGCUGAGCAGACUCCAAGUGAACCAGAUAGUGGUGAAAAUUCCACAUCUAACACUUCCACUGAAAGCGAAAGGCAUCCACAGGAAUCUUCAGGGGACAAGGAAAUUAGCUGUUCAGAUUGUCUAGCUGAACAUUCCAGGCAAAGUGCUGAAGAGAUUGGAGACGAGCCUACUGAAGCGACCGAAGAUGAAUGCCCUGCUGAGUCAGCAGAAGAUGGAACCAAUGGGAAACAAGAAACGGAAUGUUGCGAAGGUAUGAUAAGCUGGAGUAAUACGAGCAACAAAAUUUCUGCAACUUACGACAAAAUCUGAUUUCUACGCAUGUUAAUUGAAAAUGUUUACACAUAAAUUACAAAUCACGAGGCAACAUGUGUCAACAUUUCUACUUAACAUGCGUUGAAAUCAGAUUUUGUUGCAAACAGCAAUAAACCACCACUAAGGGAUGUCCUAUUUUGUAUCUCUAGCCUAGAGGGAACAGUUUAGACAUGAUAGUCCUGACUUGACAGUAUACAAAAUGUCCAUUAUUUUUACACGCACUAUUGAGGGACAUUUGAAAAAGGCAAAUUCAGCAUCCCUUGCAGAAGCAUUAAACCUUCCAAGUCUGCAGUAUAAAAAGAUAGCUCAAGAAUAUGUUGUUUACAGGCAGUGGCGAUAAAUAUAUUUGUUUGUGAAAUGUUUCAAAAGAAAGUCAUUUUUUUCAACAGAUGAUCAAGCGGAGGAGGACAAACAACCAGAACAAAAUGAGCAACCUUGCGAGAAUAAUCUUGAGCAAGCAAAUGAUAUCUCUGUGAAUGAUACCUCUGAGGAUACUCAAUGA